AACGCCGAUCUAAAAUGUCUGUUGUGUAUGCCGUAAUGCCGUAUAAACACGCGUCGUUUGCCGAUUAAUUUUCUGUUUUCGUAAAUUAUUUUCUCUACGUACUUGGUUUCAACGUGAACUACCACUUAACAUCCGUACAUUCUUUAUUUGCGUUCAACGCGUUACUCGCAUACUCCAUACCCUUAUAAUGGCGGAUGCUGAUGAUCUUUUGGAUUACGAAGAAGAUGAACAGAACGAGACCGUCGAAAAUGAUGAGAAGAAACAAGCUAAAAAAGAAGUUAAGGGUAAUUAUGUGUCCAUACACAGUUCGGGUUUCCGUGAUUUUUUGUUAAAACCAGAAAUACUAAGAGCGAUUGUCGACUGUGGUUUUGAACAUCCGUCUGAAGUACAACAUGAGUGUAUACCACAGGCUAUGUUGGGUAUGGAUAUUUUGUGCCAAGCCAAAUCUGGUAUGGGUAAAACGGCUGUAUUUGUCUUAUCCACCUUACAGCAAUUGGAAGUAUACGAGAGCGAAGUAUACGCUCUAGUUUUAUGCCAUACCAGAGAAUUGGCUUUCCAGAUAAGCAAAGAAUUUGAGCGCUUCACCAAAUACUUGCCAGCAGUCAAGGUCAGCGUUUUCUUUGGUGGUGUGCCUAUUACAAAAGACGAAGAUACUCUAAAGAAUAAUAAGCCGCAUGUAGUGGUUGGCACACCAGGUCGCAUACUCGAAUUGAUCAGAAAAAAGAAAUUGGUUCUCAAUAAUUUGAAGCAUUUUAUUUUGGAUGAGUGUGAUAAAAUGUUGGAGAUCUUACACAUGCGAAGUGAUGUCCAAGAAAUAUUUAAGAACACUCCAUUCAACAAACAAGUAAUGAUGUUUAGUGCCACACUUAGCAAAGAUAUACGACCUGUCUGUAAAAAGUUUAUGCAGCAACCAUUGGAAGUUUAUGUUGACGAUGAUGCCAAACUAUCAUUACACGGUCUUCAGCAGUACUAUGUUAAACUCACUGAAAAGGAAAAAAAUAAGAAAUUGUUUGAUCUUCUAGACGAACUAGAAUUCAAUCAGGUUAUCAUUUUUGUUAAAUCUGUUCAACGUUGCGUAGUAUUAACAGAGCUAUUAAAUGAACAAAAUUUCCCAUCUGUUGCCAUGCAUGGUGGUAUGUCCCAACAAGAUCGGUUAAAGUUUUACCAAGAAUUCAAAGAUUUUCAAAAACGAAUAUUGGUGGCUACCAAUUUAUUUGGUCGAGGAAUGGAUAUUGAACGAGUAAACAUUGUUAUUAAUUAUGACAUGCCUGAGGAUACAGAUACCUAUUUACAUCGAGUAGCAAGAGCUGGACGGUUUGGUACUAAAGGAUUAGCAAUUACAUUCAUUUGUGAAGAAACUGAUGCAAAAGUUUUGAAUAGUGUUCAAGAUAGAUUUGAUGUCACCAUUGGCCGCAUGCCUAAUGAGAUAGAGCUCAGUUCUUAUGUUGAAAGAAAAUAAUUUUUAUAUCUAGUAUAACAUUUUUCAAGACAAUGAUAUUAAUAUGAUAGCUUGACUUAUGAUUUUCAAGUUUUUCAAGACUUAUACAUUCUUAUGUGUAUUACUUUUUAAAUGAUUUACUUCAUCUGUGAGUACUCAUUUUAAAAUCAACUAUGGAAACGUUUGUCUUUU